GAUUAGCAUGUUUGACUGCACACUGCGCUGAGACAACUUGAUACAGAGUAACAGUAAAUCAGACAGAGCAGCUCCUACGGCACAAGCAGUGAAAUUGUAACCCUGUUGCAAGUAUUUUUGGCCGCAGAUAGGAUCGAGUGAGAUCACUGCGGUCUAUUUCCUCGGAUAGACUCAAGAGUUGUUCGGCAAGAGCAACGCAGGGAGCGUUUACUGUCUCAUUUCUGCUAUAUCUCAAUAUUAUAUCACACUGGAAAUGUCCGAAAACAAGCCGAAUGAUGAACCGAAGUUAUCUACGACGGACAGGGUGGUGAAAUCUGUCCCAUUCCCCCCCAGUCACCGGCUGACGGCUAAAGAGGUGUUUGACAGUGAGGGGAAGCCCAAAGUGGACGUGCUGAAAGCUCACCUAACCAAGGAGGGCCGCGUGGAGGAAGCAGUGGCUCUGAGGCUCAUAGGAGAGGGUGCAGCAAUCUUGCGUUCAGAGAAGAACCUGCUGGACAUCGAGGCCCCUGUGACAGUGUGUGGAGACAUCCAUGGGCAGUUCUUUGACCUGAUGAAGCUUUUUGAAGUAGGAGGAUCACCAGCAUCCACACGCUACCUUUUCCUGGGGGACUACGUUGACAGAGGGUAUUUCAGUAUUGAAUGUGUGCUCUACUUGUGGGCCUUAAAGAUCCUGUACCCCAAAACACUGUUUUUGCUGCGUGGGAAUCAUGAAUGUAGACAUUUAACAGAGUAUUUCACAUUUAAGCAGGAAUGUAGAAUUAAGUAUUCAGAGAGGGUGUAUGACGCAUGUAUGGACGCCUUCGACUGCCUUCCCCUGGCUGCACUUAUGAACCAGCAGUUCCUGUGUGUACACGGAGGACUGUCUCCAGAAAUCACAAAUCUUGAUGACAUCAGGAAACUAGACAGAUUCAAAGAGCCUCCGGCAUACGGACCAAUGUGCGAUCUGCUGUGGUCCGACCCCCUGGAGGACUUUGGGAAUGAGAAGAGCCAAGAGCAUUUCACACACAACACAGUGCGAGGCUGUUCCUACUUCUACAGCUACCCUGCAGUCUGUGACUUUCUACAACACAAUAACUUAUUAUCUAUCAUCCGGGCCCAUGAAGCACAGGAUGCUGGAUAUCGCAUGUACAGAAAGAGUCAGACCACUGGCUUCCCAUCCCUUAUCACCAUCUUCUCAGCACCCAACUAUUUAGAUGUCUACAACAACAAAGCGGCAGUGCUGAAAUACGAGAACAAUGUGAUGAACAUCCGACAGUUCAACUGUUCACCUCACCCUUACUGGCUGCCCAACUUCAUGGACGUUUUCACCUGGUCCCUGCCCUUUGUCGGCGAGAAGGUGACCGAGAUGCUAGUGAACGUACUGAGCAUCUGCUCCAAUGAUGAGCUGACCACUGACGAGGAGCUGGAUGGACAGCUAAUAUAUCCCCCCAAAAAAGGUGCCACUGCUUCUGCCCGUAAGGAGGUCAUCCGCAACAAGAUCCGUGCCAUUGGAAAGAUGGCCAGAGUAUUCUCUGUGCUCAGAGAGGAGAGUGAGAGUGUGCUGACACUGAAGGGACUGACCCCGACAGGCAUGCUACCAAGCGGAGUGCUGUCCGGUGGCAAAGAAAAGCUGCAGAAUGCCAUCAAGGGCUUCUCACCCCAGCACAAGAUCACUAGCUUCGAGGAGGCAAAGGGUCUGGACCGCAUCAAUGAGAGGAUGCCACCACGGCGAGAUGCCUUGCCCUCCGACGCCAGCCUCAACUCCCUGAACAAGGCCCUGUCCUCAGAGACCAACGGCACGGACGCCAAGGGAAGCACCAGCGGCAGCAACAUCCAGUGAAGACCAGCGGCAGGCGUCACCUUGGCCCACGGGGCUGCCCCGCCCCAUGCCUCAUCUUGGCCCACCACCGCAGAAAAGGGGUAAAGGGUGAAGGAGCGGAAAGGAGGGGGAGUGUUGGAGUGUGGAGGGAAGGAGGCAUCUAUGGCUCACACUAGGGGGACAUCUCACUUGCUAGUCUUUGGAUAUGCCUUCAAAAUAUUAGUUUAUAGUCAAAUCUGCUAAGUUAUUGCCGGUUCACAUUUCUGAACAGUCAGGCCUUUAUUGUGCUUGAUGCUACACCACACCACAGUAUGUCGGAGAGAAAGAGAAAGAGAGGGAUAGAUAGAUCCUAAAGGUGAUUUAUUUUCUUUUAUUUCUUGAAAGACCCUUGCUCAUUUACACCGAAAUGGAAAGUCGUGUAACUUCUUACUAACUAUUGUACGUUUACAAAAAUACAGCACUAAAAAGGACAGAACAUGAGAUAAUGUUUUUAACAUAUAAGGGUGUACAAACUAAAUAAGGACUAUUUAUUGAUAACUUUUUUUUUUGCUACUCUUAUAAAAUAGCUCUGAAGUUAAUUAGGCAGUCUUAAAAAGAAUGUUGCAAUGUUGUCGAAAUGCCAAAUAAUGGAACGUUUUAUGGUUUUGUACAUAUUAUGCUUACCUCAGGUUCUUUUGGUGUGUGCUUUGACCUGAUUUUUCUGUAUAAUGGCUAAAUAACUCGGUAAUGAAUACCUAUUUUCUUGAGUUUCAUAACUGGAAUUUACAUUUACCUAUCUAUCAUUUGCAAAUAUGUUUAUUUUUUGUCUCAUUUGGAAGGGGGGGGGGGCAGAUUUAUUGUGGCUUGCUGGAACUGAGUGUUAAUUUUUCUCUUUUUAAGUAUUGCGAACAAAGUAAAAAUAGAGAACCUAUAUUGUGUAAAAAAAAAAAAAAAAAAAAA